AUUGCCAUUCGCAACCUCAAACAAUCUUCGAGCUUCGAGCUAAAACUUUGUGCACGGUUGGAAAUUACUUGCUAGUAGCGAAAAAUACAGAAAAAUAACAGAGAAACAGAGGAAGAAGAAGCAGUAGCAGCAGCAGAAGUAGCUGAAAGAAAAGCGACGACAACAACAAAGCAACAAAAGCUGAUGAAUACGUGCGUUCGUGUGGGUGCCGUGCAUUCUGCGUACACAUAUUUACAUAUAUGUACGUACGCUUAAAUUAAAUACUUUGGCUUAAUUAAAUACUUCCGCGGCGUCGUUUGUCGUUGUUGUUGUUGAUAUUUUGCCUCUUCUUCACGCGCUUGUCUACGGUUAUCGAUUCUCGUUGUCUCGUUCCCCCUCACGCAGCGAUUUGUUUGUUUGUUGUUUGUGUCUGACGCUCUCUCGCCCCGUCUCUGUCGCUCUCUCACUCUCUUGCCCGCCGUCGCGCUUUGUUUGUGUACUGAAAAGAGUCAGCAACAAAAUAUAAAAAAAUCCAAAAGACUGCGAAAAAGCAUAAAUAAUAAACAACGAGACAAGUGCAAAAAGCGCAGCGAAAAAGGCCAGCUGGUAAUUCCAAAUCACAAGAACAUCCAAAGGAAACAGGAAAAUUUAUCACGCAAAUCAAAAGUGCAAUAAAAAGUUGAAAAGUGUUUUAUACACAGCGCCAAAGAAGGAAGUCGAAGCGAGGCGAAGAGUAAAUAAAUAAGAAGAGACCACAGCUACACAGCUACAUCAUAUAAACAUAUUACAACCCAAACAUCCCACAUUCAACACCAAUUACAAAGUAAACAUUUACAACUCAUUUCUCGCUGAAGAGAUUCGAGUGUUAGCCACAAAAAAAAGAAGGAAGAAAGAGUAUCAAACAAUAAAAUCGCGCGCGCGGUUUUAAAAAGCGUUCUUUCGCCACCUAAAAAAGAUCUCGAAAUUCGCGCGGCUUCGUCGCACGUAAAUUGAAUAUAUAUUUCGCGCAAACACUGGGCUAAGGCCUCAAAAAUCCGCCAAAAUUCUACACCAACAAACUUUAAUCAGCCCCGAGAUUUCGCUCCAGUUCGCAACGGCGACCACAAUGCCCUACAACGGAGCUAGUAAUGGCAGUGGCGCCAGCGGCGCCGGUGGAGGAGGGGCCACCAUAGUCGUCACCGAGGGGCCGCAAAACAAAAAGAUCCGUACCGGAGUCCAGCAGCCCGGGGAGAAUGAUGUGCACAUGCAUGCUAGGUCCACACAACAACAGAACCAGCAGCAAGCACUUAUGAACAAGUCAAAUGACGACCUACGGAGAAAGCGUCCAGAGACUACACGGCCAAAUCACAUUCUACUCUUCACCAUCAUAAAUCCUUUCUAUCCCAUCACAGUUGAUGUCUUGCACAAAAUCUGUCAUCCACAUGGACAAGUGCUUCGCAUUGUCAUCUUCAAAAAGAAUGGGGUCCAGGCCAUGGUUGAGUUCGAUAAUCUAGAUGCCGCCACAAGGGCGCGCGAGAAUCUGAAUGGAGCCGACAUCUAUGCCGGUUGCUGCACCUUGAAAAUUGAUUAUGCCAAGCCAGAGAAAUUGAAUGUUUACAAGAAUGAGCCUGAUACCAGCUGGGACUAUACGCUGAGCACAGGUGAGAUUCUACCAAUUAAGGAGAUUGGAAAUGGCCGCUCGCCAUUACUGCAGGAGCCUCUAUACGGUACACGACCUCAGCCCUACAGUAAGUCGCUGUUUUCUAUACCCGAAAAUGUUGUUAUGCUUGAGAGCCUACCAACACUGUCGACACCACAACAACAUCACCACCACCACCACCAACAACAACAACAUCAACAACAACAAGAACUACAACAACACAACAAUCACCACCAUCAUCAACUAGUUGCCUCAGCUCAAUCGCACAAUCUUGUUCAAUUUAAAGAGCCACCACUAUUGGGACCCGGCGCCGCUUUCCCGCCAUUCGGAGCCCCAGAAUAUCAUCCCACCACGCCCGAGAAUUGGAAGGGCGCCGCCAUCCAUCCCACUGGACUGAUGAAGGAACCCUCCGGUGUCGUUGCCGGACGCAAUGCUCCGGUGGCCUUUACACCACAAGGACAGGCCCAGGGCGCUGUCAUGAUGGUCUACGGACUCGACCACGACACUUCCAACACGGAUAAGCUAUUCAAUUUGGUUUGCCUGUACGGCAACGUGGCCCGGAUUAAGUUCUUGAAGACCAAAGAGGGCACCGCCAUGGUGCAAAUGGGCGAUGCAGUGGCCGUUGAGCGUUGCGUACAGCACUUGAACAACAUUCCCGUGGGCACUGGCGGCAAGAUACAGAUUGCUUUCUCCAAGCAGAACUUCCUAUCCGAGGUGAUCAACCCGUUCUUGCUGCCCGAUCAUUCGCCCAGCUUCAAGGAGUACACUGGCUCCAAGAACAAUCGUUUCCUAUCGCCGGCCCAGGCCAGCAAGAAUCGCAUUCAACCACCGAGCAAGAUUUUGCACUUUUUCAACACACCGCCCGGCUUGACCGAGGACCAGCUGAUUGGAAUCUUUAAUAUCAAGGAAGUGCCGGCCACAUCGGUCCGCCUGUUCCCAUUGAAGACCGAGCGCUCAUCAUCGGGACUGAUCGAGUUCCCCAACAUUUCGCAGGCAGUUCUGGCCAUCAUGAAGUGCAACCAUCUGCCUAUUGAGGGUAAAGGCACCAAAUUCCCAUUCAUCAUGAAGCUGUGCUUUUCCUCGUCCAAGAGCAUGAAUGGCGCCUGGAACAAUGCGACCAACGAGGGCAUGAUCGAGAAGGAGAACGAGGUCGAUACCAAGGUGGACAUCUACAAUUGAGAUUUGAUUACGAUUGUGUAAGCAAGCAAACAACAACUGGCUUAACUAGAACACAAUACAAAACUAUACCGACGAAGGAGAGAAGCAGGCGCCCAGACUUGGGAGGACGAAGCAAACAACAAAAUGGGCAAAAGACAAAAACACCAGCAGAAGCAGACGCGCAUCUACUACAACCACUGGCAACAUCUACAACAUCUCUACAGCUUCUAUAUUGAUGAUGGGCUUACACAUUCGAUAUAUAUAUAUAUAUGACAAGCGGGUGGCGAAUGCUGAAACAACAGCAACUGAAGAAUUUCAAACAAAAACUGAUUGCUAAAUCAACUUUACAUACAAAAACAAAACGAAAAGAGAAAACCAACUACAAUUAAUUCAAUUAGGCGCAAACGCAUGUAACUUUUCUACGAGCCAUUUGCAUAGAUUUACUGAAUUCAUCAUAUAUAUAUCAAUUCAGCUGAUUAGUAUGACAAACAAACAGCCUAUGUACGAUAUGGCCUCGUUCAAAAGCCACACACCGAAUGAACACACUUGAUGCACCUUACAUUACAUUUACAUGCGUUUGCGUGCCAACAACAAAACACGCGAAAAUAAUACAAAAAAAAUUUAAAUUGUUAUUAUUGUUACAAACGAAGAAUUAGGACUUUCUCACACAAACAGCAAAGAAAAAUGGAAAAACAAAUCCAAACCAAUUGUAAACUAUGUAAUGUUUAAUUGAUAUAAAAAACGACAAACAAACUAAACCAAAAAUAAAUAAUUGUAAUUCAAAAACGAAACCAUGUUAAAAUAACUAAAGAAAUUCCCUGCCCCCGCCCGCACUCACCCACCCACCCCUCUCCCUAGUGACCUUCCAUCCCCAAAUUCAUCAUCCAUCCGACCAUCCACCUACCCCUAUCCACAUUUCCACGGCAGACUUCUUCUGUAUAGUUAAUAUGAUUUUUGGAUACGGAUAUAUUAAUGCGACAAAAAGAAACAUUUCUUUGGACAAUAUUUCGACAAGUAUUCGGGCGUGAGAAAAAGUCUUAAUAAAAAAAUAUUUAUUGUGUAAAUUAAAACCAAAAAUUUAGCAAUUUUAAAUGAAGUUUAUUUUAGUUAUGCAAAGAAAAACAAGCUCUUCUGCUAACUGCUGCACCGACCACUGCAGCAUGUCUGGCAGUUGAUUUUAAAUUUCUUACUUUAAAACAAAUAUUAAACAAGAGAAGAGUGGAAGAGGAAGAGGAAUUAAAAACUUGCACAAGCCAAUGUUUUUACUAUUAACAAAAAACAAAACAAAACAAGAAAAAGACAAGAUGGUAAACAUAACUUUUGUGCUUAAUUUACAAAGUUGAAAAAGGCAUAAAUUUAUAUGUAUGAGAUGUAUUUGUAUUUACAUUAAAAUUAAUUUUAAUUUACACUAAAUGUAAAAAGCAAAUUAACUAAACAAAAAAAAAGAAACAAAAGAAUACAAAAAAAAAUAACACAAGCUAAGUGAAGAAAAAAAAAAGAAAAUAUAUUAAACCUACAUCUAGCAUAUAGUAGUUAAGUGAAAAGCCGCAUCGUUCAGACAUGCAGACAGCAAACAUACAACAAAACAACAUAUUUUUGAGGCGUUUUAAAAUUAGAAGACACAGAGCCAAACAUUUCAGAACUCCAAGUGAAGUUAGCAAAGCAAAGCUACUACUAAAAACAAAAAAAUAUGAUGGGUGAGGCCGUAUUGCAAAUGCGAAAAAAGUAGAGGAAUACAAAUAAAAAAAAGAAUUCAAGAUAUCAGCAAUAAAGCAACAGCAACAACACCAUAUCAAAGGCGUAUGUUAGAUUACCUAUAAUAUAAACGAAAUUAACAUAAAAGAUGCAAAUUAAUAAUAUUGUAGUACGAUAAUCGAUCAGUUGUUCACUUGAGUUGUAUAAUUUUAUUAUUAUUUUUAAGAGCCAUCGGUCGGCAGUUUGUGUGGGACCCAAAGAGAUCCGAGCCCAUGACUGCCCUACCUCAUGGUGGCGUUGUUUUUAAAAAAAAAUACUUUUCUUUCUUUUUAAUGCAAAUCAACGAAUACACACAUAAAAACAUAAUGCUAGGGCCGCUAAACGAAUUUUUUCUUCACACACUUUUUCGUAGUUCACCGCCUGACAACCACCCUCCCUGUUGGGGGGGGUUUGGGUUUGGGGCAUUCAUAUGUGUAGAUCAUUUCUCAUUCAUAUAUGUAACUAUCAAUAAAACUAUGUGCAAUUUGGGCUUUAAGCGACACUUCGUUUGUACUAUUUUAUUUAUUGCAAUUUUCUCAUUUCUCGAUAACUAGUUCGUCGUGUAAUUAUUUCAAGUGUCUUUACAGUCUUAGUUGUUAUGUACAUUUGUUUUUAUAAUCCUUAAUUGUAAAAUAUUUUUCUAAAAAUUAAGUAUUAUUGUACUUAAUUUAUUUAAUUAACAUACAUGAUUUCAUGACAAGCGGGAUUUAAUUUUAACGAAGCGAACAAUCUCGUUAAAUGCUAAUUGAUAUAUAUUACUUUCUAAGAGAAUAAAGCAACAACGAUCUUGAAGCUCCUAAUUAGAUCAUAAUCAGAUCAAUAAACAAACUACUAUAAUACAAUAAUAUCUAAUAUAAAAUAAAUAACAAUCUUGGUAGCUAUUUAAUUUACGAAUAUACAUACUGUAAUCUGGAACUUUUAUGUUAAUAGUUUUAUUAUUAUUAUUAUUUACCAUUUAACACAAUUUAUUUUGUGUUUAUUUUUCGUAUCUUUAAUUUUGUAUGAGUAAAAUUAGAGACAAACAAAAAUAUAUAUAUAUAUUUAUAUAAUAUAUUUAGCUGGUUCAGUACAUGCCUCAACAAGAGGCACGGCCACAUCGGUUAAAUAUAUAUAUAAAAAAAAAUCAUAAAUAUAUUUGUGCGUGUAAUAAUAUGAUUUGUUUUAUUUAAUAUUUAAAUUUUGUUGUUAUUUUUUAAAGCGUAUUUUUUAAGCCCAGAGUUUGUAACAUGCGCGCUCAUAUUUUGAUAUAAAUAUAUAUGUAAAAGUA